CAGACGCACUAGCCUCACUCCUGGAAGGGCCACCACCGCCUCUGACCCCGACCCACUUGCUGACUGGGCAGGGAAGUGAGUUUGGAGACCAGACCGGAUGUGGUGGUGGAAGUUGGGAGCUGGAGGGCCUGCCCCCACGUUUCUUCUCCGUGCCUUUUCCUGGCAGGAGCCAUUCUAGUCCAGAUGUGGUUUCUCUUAACCCGGCUUUAGGGAGCCAGUCCCCGCAGGAUCAGGCCUGUAGGUCCAGACGGGUCCUGGGACUGAGUAGUCCUGUCCUUGAGGUUUCUGGCUCCCAGGCUGAGUUCCCAGAUGAGAAAAGAACCAGGGGGCCUCUGGGGCCCUAUGCUCUCUGCUCUGGCUGAACCCACCAGGAACCUUCCUGAGCAGUUUCUGAGCAGGAGGUGAGGGCUGGACACAGGCCCUGGAAGCAGGAGUGGGGUCACAGUCACUUGGGGGAGCUGUGCCUUUGGAGCUUAGGGUGUUGGGUUCCUCAGCUUAUGCUGACAAGUCUGGGGGAGGCCCCCACUGGCAAGUCUCCAGCCUGGCUCUGACGGCGGUGGGGAUGGGAGUUUCUGGUCCUCCCAUGCCAGCCCUGGACUCAGACCAGGGAUUUGCUGAGGUUUCCAACCUGCUCUCCUCCUGCACCCUGGCUCCUCCAGCUUUGGCCUGUGGGGGCUGGCUCUGUCCACCCCACCCCAUCUGACACAGGAGGAAACUGUCAGCCACUUUUGGACUCAGAGAAGUCUCCCAGCCCCCUUGCCUGAGUGUUGCCAUGACACUCCAACCCCUUCUCCAGGAGAUGCAGUCCCUGGGAUCACUGCUAGCCAGCAGAGCCAUGCUUCACAACUCCAGCCACAGAGAAGGCACGGUACACGUGGAUAAGACACAGAGGAUGCAGGACAGGGAUGGGGAAGGGGUGUGGGUUGGGGGAGCUCUGGCUCCCAAUACCUCCUCUCCAUUCCCCCCUGAGCCUCCAGGGGCCUCAGGCAACAUUAUCCCCGUCUACUGUGCCCUCUUGGCCACCGUGGUCCUCGGCCUGCUCGCCUACGUGGCCUUCAAGUGCUGGCGCUCACAUAAACAAAGACAGCAGCUGGCCAAAGCUCGGACUGCAGAGCUGGGGGACCUCGACAGGGACCAGAGGCAUGGUGACAGCAUUGUCUUCCUGGACAAUCCUAGCGGUCGGGAGCCCUGUGCCCCCAGCCAGGGGUCACAUCCUGAACUUGGCUGCCGGCUUUACCUUCACCUCCCUCGGCCGCAGCAAGAGGAAGUGGAGCGGCUCCUGGAAGCAUCGGGCGAAGCUGACAAGGGCUGGCAGGGCCUAGCAGGCCGCCUGGGCUACCCGGCUGAUGCUGUGGAGGUCAUAGCCCGGGGCCAGCUGCCAGCCCACACCCUGCUUAGGGACUGGGCUGUCAAAGAAGGCAGUGGUGCCACCCUGAGGGUGCUAGAGGACACCCUGGCUGCCAUGGGCCGUGAAGAUGUGCUCCGGGUCCUGGGUCCCCCGGCUGAGGGCUGCUCUGUGGUGUGAGUGAUGCCACCACGGCCGGGCCUCUCAGGGAACCUGCUCUGGUGCUCCCCCCACAGCCACGUGUGCUUUCCCUUUCAUGAGCUUCCUGGCACUGGUGGCCUCAGCCUGCUCUGUUUGGAGGGAACACAGAAGGUCCAGCCACCGCUCACCUCCCCUUGCCCUACCUUCCUCCAGGACAGCGACCAGGACAUGGGGAGGGACUUAGCAGUGAGACGUGGUCCUGCCCUCCCCCUCCCCACUACACCUCCCUUAUCUAGCGUCAACUGGUUUUUCUACUUUUGUAUCUCAUUAAAGGCAACUUUGGACUACU